CAGAAAUAUCAUCCUGUUGAUAAGCUUGUUUCCAAGCAUAUACCGGAAAUGACGUAUGACGAGUUAAAAGAUUUUUACACAUCGUUAAUGAGUGACGAUGUUAAAGUUAUUUCUUAUAAACACCAUUCGAGUCGAAUACUCCAUUUUUUGUCUAAUCAAAAAGCGUUUCGUCAACUCUUUCUUAAUUUGGGUUAUACACAAGACGAAUUGAAAGAGUUUACUCUCUAUUCAAUACCCCACAAGUACAAUAUUUUUGAUAUGCUAUUCAAUUUGAAUAUGGAACUAAGGAGCGAAAGAGCAAAACUAAUUGGUGGUAAAAAGUUACUGUGUGCUCACAUAAGACACGCUAAAACUGGAGAAAAAGUAAAAGCUGUUCAUGUACAAGCAAGAAAGGAAAUCAAUGAAAUAUGGAAAUCUCUUAAGAAUCUUUUCAAUAGGGAUCAAUACAAACAUCAUUUAUUAUACGUUGCAGCUGAUUCAGAAAAUGUUACUCAGCAGGCGUCAAAUAUCUUUAAGAACAGGUUUAUCAAGGCAAACAGCUCGUUAACUAAUAUACAAAGAUGGUCUAAAGGUGGAAAAACACCGGAAGCUUCAGAUGCUUGCAAUGGUCUUCGGAGAGUUAUAUUAGAUUGGAAAGUUCUAUCUGAAUGUUCUUUGAUCAUUAAAUCACCACUUUACAGUACCUUUUCUGGUUCGGCAAUAUCAAUGAGUCGGAAUAAAGUGUCCUUUUAUUAUCAUGAAAGAUUGAAAGAACUUCAUCGAGUUGGAAAACGCUUUCAACUCUUAAAAAAUAUUAAUACACAUCCAUUAAUCAAUUGUACUUUCACAGAAAAGGAUCAAGGAAGAUGCCUAUUAUAAAAAAUUUUUUUAAUGUUUCAUAUAAGUGUAUUAUCGCCCUAUGUAUUAUAAUAGUGUUUUUAAUUGUACAAGUAUGCUCUCUAACUAAAUAAGUAAGAACAAGUAAAUAUAACAAAAGUAUCCAUAGCAAUGUUUAUCCCCAAAGGUGUUUGUCAUUUUUCUUUCUUUUUUUCAUAUAAUAUUUUAUCAACAAAUUAAUUAAUUAUAAUUGAAAAUUAUCUUUUUAAUGACUAAGGA